AGUAGGACAUUGGAAAACCUCACAAACAAAACACAGUAGGACAUUGGAAAACCUCUCACAAACAUAGGAAAACACAGUAGGACAUUGGAAAACCUCACAAACAUAGGAAAACACAGUAGGACAUUGGAAAACCUCACAAACAUAGGAAAACACAGUAGGACAUUGGAAAACCUCACAAACAUAGGAAAACACAGUAGGACAUUGGAAAACCUCUCACAAACAUAGGAAAACACAGUAGGACAUUGGAAAACCUCACAAACAUAGGAAAACACAGUAUGACAUUGGAAAACCUCAUAAACAAAGGAAAACACAGUAGGACAUUGGAAAACCUCUCACAAACAAUGGAAAGUCCUCUUAAACAUCAACAAACCUCAAAAAUAAAGGACAUGGGUAAACCCCUACAUACAAUGGAAGCCUUUCUCAGAUAUGGGCAAACCUCACAAAUAACGGAAAGUCCUCUCAGAUAUGGGCAAACCUCACAAACAACGGAAAGUCCUCUCAGAAAUGGGCAAACCUCACAAACAACGGAAAGUCCUCUCAGAUAUGGGCAAACCUCACAAACAACGGAAAGUCCUCUCAGAUAUGGGCAAACCUCACAAACAACGGAAAGUCCUCUCAGAUAUGGGCAAACCUCACAAACAACGGAAUGUCCUCUCAGAUAUGGGCAAACCUCACAAACAACGGAAAGUCCUCUCAGAUAUGGGCAAACCUCACAAACAACGGAAAGUCCUCUCAGACAUAGGUAAGUCUCACAAACAAAUGAAACCCUUCUCAGACAAAGGUAAGACAACGCAAACAAACAAAGCCUCUCUCAGAUACUGGCAAACCUCACAAGCAAAGGAAUGGCUCACAAACACUGUAUAGACAAUCCUGCAAAACUCACCAAGCCAAAACCUAGCUGCAACCACUCUUACUGAAACAUGGGCAAAACACACAGCAACAGCUAUCAAACAUGGGCAAACUUUACAAAUACAGAUUAGCUCCUUGAUUUCCCUUUUGUCCAUCAGAGUAAAAGAACAUAUGUGACUUUUGUUCACUUUGUGUUUGCAAGGUAUGGAUGUGGCUCUCUGCGAAACCUAAUGUACCAUUCUGUGUGUGGGGUGUAAGUGUAUCCCUG